AUUCUGUGAUAUAGAAAAAAUAAGUAAGGUUAUCCGUAAACAUAAUCUGCAUUGUGCUUCUGGUAUUGAAACGAGAUCAAUUUUAUUACGAAUUUAAAUAAUAUUCACUAUGGCAUCUGCAGAAAAUGAAGCGCGAAUGAUAACUCUGAAUCCAGAUAAUCAUCUAUUGAUGACAUUUUUCAGUUUUCUAAACCAUUUACCGAGUUACAACGUGAAAGAAAAGAUCAUAAUAGCUAUCGAUACGGCUGUUGAGUACGAUCAAACAAAUUUUCACAUAGAUGGGCACAUUAUGUCACCAUUAUUCGCCUUGGCCUCAGCAGCGAAAAUGUUUAUAACUUUAAAAAAAGAGACCAAUCCGAAUCACGAGUUCUUUAUUCUACCUUUGAAAGGAACCAAGGCAGUUCUUUUUGAUGAUUUCAAUAAUAAUUGUGAUAUACUUGACGAACUAAUGAAGGAUGAUUAUUUUUCAUAUAGAGCUGGAGAUAAAUUUGAUUUAGAUGAUUUAUUCGUUAAUAUAGCAACAACUAAUGAAUUCUGGAAUCUUGGUUGUAAAACCCCAAAUGAAAUGCCUCCACCUUUUAUAUUGCGUCUUGUGUUUUUAUAUAAUAGAUCACACACAAUUCCUAAAAUCGAUAAGACAGUAGGAGUAAUUCAGAAACUGAUAGAUUCUCCACACUUCUUUAUGGAUGUAUUGGUAACUCACAACCCUGUAAGCCAUGAAAAUAAUUGUGAAAAAAUAUUCAAAGUUCUUCAGAAUAUAGAUUCAAAAGGGUUUUCUUACUUUUUCAACAUUGGCAGGGAUUAUAAUGACCUUACAAAAUCAAUAUUAAAAUUAAUAGGACAUCCACUUCAAAGACCUCUUCAAUCAUCUUUUUACCAUUCUUUGUGAGUUUUUCUUCCCCAGUAUAAAUGAAUUGUUGAAUUAUUUUUGUGAUUUAAAAUUUAAAUUAUGUGAAUUGUGAUAUAAAAUAUACAUAUUUUUCUAGCA